ACGAACGUGCUGAAUGUUAUUUGUAUUAAAACUGUUGUGCUUUAUAUUGGGGGGCGGGGCUUAGGACCCCCAGCCACACGUGACGAGGAAAACAUGCAUCCUCCUCUUCAUCUUCAUCCUCCUCGCCAUCAUCCUCCACAGAAGACCCCACGCAAGAUGGACACGCAGCUGCCUCGUCCUCCUCGUCUCCCGCGCUGAGUCGCGGGGAAAAAGGCCCCCUGAGGCCGGCGGUUCCGGUCCAGAUCAUCGACGAGGUCGGACGCGUGCACUGCUGGACAAAGAUGGUGUACGCGUCCACCAACACGGUGGCCAUGGAGCGCUCACUCUUCGCUCCAGCCUUUUCCUACCCAGUGUCCUUCAACUCCACGGUCCUGGCGAGCUGGGCCACGACCCCGCCCACCAACGUGACCCCAUCAUCAUCAUCAUCAUCAUCAUCCUCGCUGAGCCCGUCACGUGAGGAAGAGCUGACGUCGGGCGAGGUGGCGGUGUUGGUGCUGGUGUUCGGGGUGGUGUGGCUGGUGUCCAUCUUGGGGAACGCCCUGGUGUGCGUGGUGAUCCACCGCAGCCGCCGCACGCAGUCCACCACCAACUACUUCGUGGUGGCCAUCGCCUGCGCGGACCUGCUCAUGAGCGUGGGCUGCGCCCCCCUGGUGCUGGUGCAGGUGGUGUGGGGCCGCUGGCCACUGAGCGCGGCGGCGUGCAAGGCGCUGCGCUACGUGCAGCACCUGUGUCCCGGCGUGCAGGUGUACGUGCUGCUCUCCAUCUCUGUGGACCGCUUCUACACCAUCGUGUACCCGCUCAGCUUCAAGGUGUCCCGCGAGAAGGCCAAGAAGAUGAUCCUGGCCUCGUGGGUCUUUGACGCCGCCUUUGUGGCGCCGUGCUUCUUCUUCUACGGAUCCACGCCCUCCGAGAGCCGCCACUGCCACUUCUUCCUCCCGGACAGUUUGGGCGCGGUGGCCUACGCCGCCGUGCACCUGCUGGUGGGCUUCGCGCUCCCCGCCGGCCUGAUCGCGUGCUUCUACCAGCGCGUGGUUCGCUACAUCUGGAGGAUCGGCGCCGACGGCCACACGGUGCGGCGGACCACCAACGCGGUCCCUCGGACCAAGGUGAAGACCAUCAAGAUGUUUCUCAUGCUCAACUGGGUCUUCUUCGUCACAUGGACGCCAUUCUACGUGGCGCAGUUGUGGCACCCCGGCGAGACGGAGGGCGGCAGCCGGCGGGGGCUGCUCUUUUUCGCCGCCGUGGCCUGGAUCUCCUUCAGCUCGGCGGCGUCCAAGCCCACCUUGUACUCGGUCUACAACGCCAACUUCAGGCGGGGCAUGAGGGAGACCUUCUGCAUGUCCUCCAUGAAAUGUUACCGUAGCAACGCCUACACGAUCACAGCCAGCUCACGCCUGGCCAAGAAGAACUACGUGGGCGUGGUCGACGUCCCCGUGCCCGCCAAGACCGUGGCCAAAGACCACUCGUUUGACAAGAAGGUGGCGUGGACCGCCAACGGCAACCCCCACAACACGUUUGUCUGACACGCCCACGCUUUCUUGUCGUCUGUUGAAAAGCAAAGCUCAACAUGUUGACUUCCACGUGUUUCUUUUAUCAAGCAUUGACUUUCAUCAGCAUAAUACGAAUAAAGACGUAAUAACGAAAUAAUAAUGCGUGACUUUGGAAAGGCGCGCCAUGUGAAACACGCCAAGCUGCUAAAAGUGUCUUUGCUAAAAGUAGAUCAGACAUUUUGUGUGGAGUCUCUCAGCCUUGAACGUUGUUGUUGUUGUUCUUGUUGCUUUUGGGCGUCUUGGUGCUGCUGCCCCCUUGUGGACUCUUCUGGUCGUCGCCUGUCAGCAGGGCUUUGAUCUCGGACGGGAUCUUUCCCUGGUCCAU